ACCAGGUAAAUAAACAGCGGGUGCCAUGUUUCAUGCAAUACCAGAAUCUCUGAUGCUUGACCGGAUAGUAGCAGCACAUCCCCGGGAAAUGACGCCUACAGCCAUUUUGUUCGGGACAACUCUGACCUAAUAGUUGCUCCGGAAAUCGUUGGGUCCCUCAUCUCUUUAUUCCGCAUUUUAUUUAGUUUUCUUUUCAUGCAGUAUUUUUUUUUCUCUAUCAAAUUCUGUGGCUGUAAAAGUGAACAAAGGUUGAUACGCUUGUAAUAUUGCAGUCCUCUGUCAUUGCACUAAGAACAAGUUAGAUUUCGCGGAAGGUCUCCGAGAGAUAUUUUGGCAACAUGAGUGUGAAAUUAGUUAAUGUUCUGUAGGCAUUUUGGUUUAGGUGCAUUGAGGUCAUCCAUGGAAAUUGCUGGGCUGUGCAAGCUCUUUAUUUGUUUAAUUUUAGUAACUUAUUGUAAUAGUCAGCGAAGCACAGACACGUUUUAUAAUGGUGUAGAAGACCUAGAAUCAGAAACACAGUUUAGGUCAGUAAAAUUAAAAUGGCGAUAUUUGUCUCAAUCAGAACCAAUUGGCUUCAUUGUAACUCUCUGCGAAAUUACACUAUGGUCAAAUUCUGAAAGAGAAUGUUUCGAGCGCCAUCUCUUGCUCGGUAAAAGAAAUGCUCUGAAUGGCUACGAUUCGGUAACGUCAGAUGGUAAUGGCCAGUUUCAAGGAACCAUCUAUGGACUUCGAAUGCUGGCUAACUAUACUUUAUCUGUUCAACCAAUGGAUAACCAAAACAAAGUUGUUCCAUUAACAGCAAAUGGAAGACGAGCCAAACUGCAACAAGCGGAUAAAAUAUUAGUUAGGACACAAGGAUUUUCCGCCUAUGCAACCAAUUGCCUAUCGAAUUCUUCAGACAUUGUUGUCCACACGGGGCCAUACUUUGGUGGUAAAAUAACGGUGGAAGGCUCCGCUGAUGAGAGAUGCUGUAUCUAUGGAAACAGGAGUAGUAACCAAGACAUUUAUACAUUGAAAAUAAACCAUCAACUCUGCGGAAGUAAAACGAUUAAUGAUUCCAGAAUAGAUACUGUUGUAGUGGUUCAUGAGAGCAGUUCUGUGGUAACUCAUAACUCCAGAAGAUUCCUGGUUCAAUGUUCUUUUCUACCUGAAACAUUCACAAUUAAAGCAGCAUUCAAUGUGCCUCAAGAUAAUGAGAUUGAAAAAAAGAAUAUGAACUACAAACAAGUAGAAGACGUUCUAAGAAAUUUGGAAUCGAAUGAUGUUUACACUUACGAUCAUUAUAAACAGAACAAUGUUAAAGAUUCUCGAAUGUCAUCUGAACAGGCUCAAUCAGUCUUACAAGGAAGUCUACCUGGAUAUGAAUCUCAGAUGUUGAGUUUGCUGAUUGUGAUUAUCGUUUUGAUAAUUGUCAUUGUUGUAGUGAUUGGCUUUAGUCUCUGGUGCUACAUCCACACCCAUCGCAGACGUUCGGAUGGUGCAGAUAUCGAAACCAUGUCCACUUCUGGUUCUUCUUUCAUGGCCUAUCAUGUUGGUGACAACGAUGCUCUUGUAAGACAAGCAAAUUGUGGUGGAACACCUCUGCCGGUACCUUUCAAUGACGCGAUCUACAGUCAAACUUUUCCUAGAACUGUUAAUCCGUUUUUAGGAAACCAAGUUGCUCUUGUGUCUUUAAAGCCAGUUAAAGAACUCUACUAGAUAAAAGAAUCGAAGAUUAUUGAAAUGUUUCAAGCAAGUCUGCUCGAACGUUUUAUGGGAUUGAUCUUUAAAUAAAAAAAAUUUCAAAAAAUCUAAAUUGGAUUAGGAAAUCAUUAAUAAAUUAUCUGUUUACAGUAGUGUGUUUUGCAACUUUUUUCUUUUCAUUAAUGAGUAUACGAUUUGAAAAUUUUAUAAAAACCAGUUAACAUGUACAUUUUUUGUGAAACACGUAUUAAAAAAUGCGGACGCUAUACCAUGGGAAAAGCUUUUCAUGCCUAAUUGUGUUUCGCUUCCAUUGUCAUUUAGAAGAAAAAAGGGAGUUCAUGCAAGUAAACCCAGAGAAACCAUUAAGAUUCAAAUUCUGAUUUUUUUUUCAAAAUAUUAAAAUGAAAAUAAAUUAUGAAAGAUUUACUUUUCGGUAGCUUAAUCCAGAAUAAUCCUGCCAUAAUUUG